AGCAUUGAGCUCAUUCCAGAUUCAGAGUUUUUAAUGGCCAGUUUGGUAACAUCAGAUGAUGAAAUAAGUCAUGACAAAAACAUUUUUGUGAAAGACGUCUCAGAGUUAAAUCAGGUACCAUCAUGCUUGUGGGCACAACACAAGUAUGAUGUAGGAUUAAUCAAAGAUGCUGAGCCUGCAGUAAUCAAACCAAAAUCUUAAUACAGGCCGUGUCAGAACCAAUAUCCUUUGAAGAAGGAAGCUGUUGACGGUAUUAAACCGGUGUUUGAUUCUCUUUUAAAAGCAGAAGUGAUUAUUCCAUGCGCAAAUUCUCCAGUCCGAACACCUAUUUUCCCCGUACGGAAACUCCGAUACGCCAGAGAACCACAGCAAUGGAGAUUCAUGCAGGACCUGCAGGCGGUAAAUGCAGCAGUACAUGCAAGAGCACCCAAUGUUCCCAACCCACACACAAUACUCUCACAGGUGCCACCUGGGAGUAAGUGGUUUUCAGUUGUUGACCUGGCUAAUGCUUUUUUCAGCAUCCCAGUGGAUCCUGACAGCCAGUAUUGGUUUGCGGCCUUUUUUGAAGGUAAGAGUUUCACAUUCACCAGACUUGUCCAAGGGUAUUCGGAGAGUCCUGGAAUCUUUAACGAUGCGUUAAAAAACAAUUUGGAAAUGUUGAAAUUGACAGAAGGAAGUGCGCUGCUACAGUAUGUAGAUGACCUUAUGAUCUGCUCAAAAACAAGAGAGGCUUGUGUAAAAGACACACUAGCUUUGCUCAAUCACCUUGCAGAAAAUGGCCACAAGGCUAGCUUGUCCAAGCUGCAAUUUGUGUCUGAAAAGGUUGUAUUCUUGGGUCAUGUGAUCUCAGCUGAGGGGAAGUCCCUAUCACCCAAAAGAACCCAGGCAAUUCAGCUCAUCCCAAAGCCAGAAACAAAGAAACAAGUUAUGGCUGUCUUAGGGAUGAUGUCGUACUGUAGACAAUGGGUUGCAAAUUAUGCACAGAUUGAAGGCCCCCUUGCAGAUAUUGUACAUGGGAGAGGUCUGACAGCGAAAGACAAAGUCCACUGGACACCAGAAGCGGUUGACUGUUGACGAGAGGGGUGGGUUCAUGACUUCUGUGCUAUUACAAGAACAUGGGGGGAGACUGAGACCAGUCGGCUAUUUUUCCAGCAAACUUGACCCGGUAGCAGCUGGGCUGCCAAAUUGUCUGAAGGCUGUGGUGGCUGCAGAGAAAGCUGUUAUAGCCUCACGUGACAUUGUGGGUUAUGCUGAUCUGACAUUGUUGGUUCCACAUGCUGUCUCAAUGAUAUUGCUUGAACAGAAAACAUCACAUCUCUCAACAGCCAGGUGGUUAAGAUAAAACACCAUAUUGCUUGAAAUGCCUAAUAUCACUGUUAAGAGAUGUACAGUGCUUAACCCAGCAACUCUCUUCCCUACAGCGGCAGACGGCGAACCUCACGAUUGUGUGGCAGUAAUAACAGAGACUUGCUCCCCCAGACCAGAUCUGCAGGAAACACCAUUGAUCAAUCCAGAGCUGGAGCUGUUUGUUGACGGUUCAGCAUCACGAGAUCCAGCAACUGGGGAAUGCCAGAGCGGAUAAGGCAGCAAAAGCUGCUGCCAAACAAACACCGACCACUCAGUGUGUUGCAGUAACUAAUGAACCUCUGACACCUACAGCUGAUCUGCAGGAACUGCAGACAAGAGCAACAGCAGAGGAAAAAGCAGUGUGGCGAAAGGCAGGCUGCACGGUCACAGACAAAGUGUGGUAUGGACCAAGUGGCAAACCAUGCUUACCAAAGUAUCUGUUCCAUUAUUAUGCUGUGUUGACCCAUGGGCCAGACCAUGGGUCAAAGGGGAGCAUAAUACUGGAGGUGAACAGGUACCGGUUCACAAAGGGGUUUAAUAAAAUGCAUUGUUUGUGCAACCAAUAAUGUGGGGAGAAGUAUUCAAAUCCCACAGGCGGCCCAUGUGCUUCCUGAGAGACCCUUUGAACACCUGCAGAUGGAUUUCAUUGAGCUGACACCCAGUGAGGGAAAGAAAUAUUGUUUGGUCAUUGUUGACAUGUUCUCUAAAUGGGUAGAGGCCAUUCCAACAGCCAAACAGGAUUCAGCAGCAGUAACAAAGCGUCUAAUACGAGAUAUCGUCCCGCGCUGGGGUAUUCCAGAUAUGAUUUCCAGCGAUAACGGUACACCUUUCAUGAGCGCAGCAUUGAAGAGUGUAGGAGAGUAUCUUGGUAUUGAUUUAAAACAUCAUUGUGCUUAUCACCCAGCCAGCGCAGGAGCCAUGGAGAGGGAGAACAGUUCUCUGAAAAACAAGCUUGCUAAGUGUUGUGAUGAGACAGGGCUGCCCUGGACAAAAGCACUGCCCAUUGUUCUGAUGUACAUGAGGUCCAGGAUAAGAAGCAGGGGGGGUCUCAGUCCUUUUGAAAUCCUAUUUGGCAGGCCAUUGAACACUGGUAUUGGGCCAGUGAAAAGACAACUUCCUGACACCAGCCAAUGUGAGGAUGAGAUGCUACGCUAUUGCACAAACUUGUCCACUGUGCUUUCUGAUAUUCACAAACAGGUGAAGGAAGCCAUUCCAAAGGCUGCAGAGAGGAAACUGCAUGACUUGGAGCCUGGUGAUUGGAUCAUGGUGAAGGAUUUCAGACGGAAGAACUGGCGGGCUCGCAGGUGGAAUGGUCCCUACCAGAUCUUGCUCACCACUGAAACAGCUGUAAAGGUGGGAGAGAGAGCUACAUGGAUCCACGCCACCCACUGCAAACGAGUACCCGAGCCGGGGCCAGCAGCCAAACACCAGACAAGUGAGAUCGAGAUCAGUGAGUGAACCGAACCUUCCUCCCCUUGUGCAUUCAGGGGGUAUUGGAGGGGAGUGGCGGUCCCGUGGGGGAGUUUCUCUGAGCACAGAGAUUCCACUGGGACCACCUAGAACCACUACCCUCCCGAACCAACAUCACGGGCACACUGUUUAGGGUGUAGGCAGAGGUGACACAACUGAUAAGUUGACACUUGAGACCUGAGAGAGAUGGCGAUGGAGGGGUGACGGACUGAGAGGCCACGGAGACGGGGUGUUGCUCGCUGUCAUCAUUGUCCUGUCAUCAGUCUCACUAAUGGAAACAUUCAAAUCACAACUAACCACAGAAGAAGGAGGGGUCAAAAGGGAGGUGCCACCCAUCUUCCCCAACAUCCCAGCUCAGCUGGAAGACAACGCAUGGUAUGCAACUAUACUGACUAUUGCCAGAAAAGUGACUAACCAGAGCUGCUACGCCUGUGUGCAGCUCCCCCAUAGGGUGGGGGACUCCAUCCCAGUGAAACCCACGCCAUUAAAUGUCUCUGAGACCCUAGGAGUCAUGGUGGCAUUCACCCGGCGGGUUACUCUGCAGAACAGAACAGUGAGAGACAUAGGAGCUGCACUCAAGUUAUGUAACAUCAGCAUCACCAACUAUGACGGCUCCACAGCCAGGUUUUGGAACAUGAGCCAAAUAACCCAGCAAGGAAUUCAUCGGCCCAUCAUGACUACCAAUCCAACAUCCCAGGCCGGUACGGUUGGAUUCACCAGACAGUGCUACACGUCUAGAGAUCACUUCCUGGGGACUUCAGCAUGCAAACAGAUUGUCACUACAACAUGCGGCACCGGGUGGAACAAGGGAGGCUGAAGCGAAUGCAGGGGACCUCAGCCAUACAUCGCUCAGCUGAAUCUGACUGACACCACCAGCUUACACUGCCCAGGAAGCGACAAUCCCAUCGUCCUGAUGCCUACGGAGGAUGGAUUUGGAUCCCUAAGAGAGCAUGUGUGGGUAUGUGGACAGCAUGUUUAUCAAUCCCUCAGACUGGGGUGGUGUGGCACCUGCUACCUUGCUAAGCUGAUAACAUCUGUGAACAUUCUAUCCACCAUCACUCAUUUUCACACCCACUAUGCUCACUAUUACUUACCACACAGAGCACGGCGAUCCACUACGAGAGUGUCACCAGGGGAGAAAGGAAUCAGUGGCAUCCUCCCCUGGUGGGGGACUGUGAAUAAUGCACACAAGAUAGACCACCUGGCCAUAGAUCUUGAGAACUUGACGGCACCGGUAGAGGUAGGGUUUUCCACUCUCUCUCCUACCAUGCAGGGGAUCAAAAACGUGGCCCUGCAGAACAG